AUGCCGCCCAACGCUGCGUCCCGCGCGCUUACAGCUCUAGCUGCAGUAGCAGCAAGCUCUCUCCUUCUCCUCGUCACAGCCCAACCCACGCAGACGGUCGUCACGCUCCCUCACGAUGCACUCACCUUCUUUUCAAAACGUGCGGCGGGCCCGUACAGCCCCAACCCUGUCGCAUUCGACCUUGUGGCAAGAGCCGAGGCCAGCCUCUUGCAGCGCCAGCAGCAGGACCCAAACACGCCACUGUACCUCAACUCUCCCGCGUGUGAUUUCUACCAAUGCAGCGUCAAUGUCACAUGGGGAGACACCAUGGUUGCCAACUGGCUCAAUGCACCUGCGGGAGACGUCAUUAUUGACCUGAUGACGAAUGCCUCUUCUGCGGUCGCAUACAACGUUGCCACCGUUCCUGGCACCUCGCAAAAAGGAUAUUGCGACGCUGGCUUCGGCAUUGGUGUCGAUGUAGAGGGCACCACCUGCGGUCGUUUUGAGUGGAUCAUUCCGUCCACCUGGGCAGCGGGUAACUACACUCUCCGUGCAAUGUCGAAGGACCAGCCGGACAUCCAAUCCUACACGGACGUCAUCCUCAUCUUUAACAACCUCACGCGCACCAACAGGGACGCAGCAUUCAGCACCGUAACCAUCUCCGGCGCACCAACGUCCACGACCACUGUCGGCAGCAACUUUGCAUCGACCCCUCAGCCGACCGCUCUACUCUCGCCCGGCGGCUCGCUGCCGGCCAGCACGCAGGCGCUAUCUGCGUCGUACACCGCCUCUUCGGCCGGCGCUAGCAACGCCAGUUCCAGCGCCGCACGCUCCAAGAACAGCGCGACGCCUGCGCUUGGAUACGGCUUUCACACCCUUGCCACGGGCAUCGCGGCUGCCUUUGUCACUGGCUUCUUCACUCUUCUCGCUUGA